AACACUGCCGAUAGUUCGGCGCCAUAUUAGUUUUAUUAUGGGAAGAGAAGAGCUCCACAAUGGAGAACAGGAGGUGCACCGUCGUUGCCGUGGCUGAACUUGUGGAUGAUCUUGCCUUCUGUUGCGAGUGGUGCGGCAAGGUGUACAAGAGUCUUGUCCGCUACCACAAGCACAUUGUAUGCACCCACAAGUUACGCGUUCCGGAUCACCAGUUGGUCAACUGCUUCCACUGUCCGCGCAGCGAUUGCAGAUACCACAAGCAUGGACCCGGCGUACAGGAUUUUCGGCAAAUCGGGAAGCUCCGCCGCCACUACCAGGAGAAGCACAUGACAGGACACCAUUCGUGCGAGUCCUGCCAGAAGCAGUUUCAACUGAAGUCAUCGCUGGUGGCCCACAGAUGUCGGCUGAGGCAUUCAGCCAUCAGGUAUAGCCAGUCCGCCAUUAAUUUGGGGAGGCAUGUGUGCUCCGUCUGCGGAAAAGGCUACACGCAUCUGGGCGCCCUACAACUGCACCUCACCUGCAGCAAGCACGGAACACCAAAUACUCCGACGGAGGACCAAAAGGCUAUGAGGGACAAGGUGUGUCUGCAAUGCAAUGUCGACACGCAUCGCUGUAGUGUGAGAACCGAGAGAAGCUUUAAGUCCGAUCGGCUCAUCUUCAGAAAGUCUAGUCAGGACACCCACGGUAAGUCCAGCCACCUGCAGGCGGAAGACUGGCGCUUUCUGGUUGAAAUGGAGCAGCUUGUCCGCGGCAUUGUCGAUGGGACUGUGCGGGACCCUAUGUUGCUCACGGAACUCGCCUCACUGCUGCCGGCGCUUCAGCAGAUCCAGGAUUCCGAUUUAGAAAUUAAGUGAAAUUAUUUUGUAACGUCCAAAUAUAACAAAAUUUGUUGUUAUUUGCUGCUCAA